UCAGGCUGCCAGUGUCCAGAAGGAGUGGGUCAGACUGCCAGUGUCCAGAAGGAGUGGGUCAGGCUGCCAGUGUCCAGAAGGAGUGGGUGAGGCUGCCAGUGUCCAGAAGGAGUGGGUCAGACUGUAAAAGACACGAGACCAAGUCAACAGGCGUGGAGGUGUGGGACCAUCUCACCACACCUAUUUCUCUCAUGGUCUCAAGCUGAAGCUUCCAUAGUAAGACGAGGUGUUGCCACUAAGUCAGCACUUAUUCCAGAAGACAAGAAAGAAGAGAGGACAUUUGAGAAAGGCAAAACUGCGUGAGGAAAGUGAAUCAUGUUCCAGGAGCACAGAGACUUGUCACAGUGACAAGAAGGAAGUGAAGUGUGAGUGAAGACAUCAGAUGUUCUUCUCUGAAGGAAUAGGAUUUCUUACAUGAUGGACUGUUGAUCUCCUUCAAGGACCCUAAUAUUUUCUUCUUGAUCCCUUCUGACCACUGACCUGUGGACUUGUACUAUCACCGUCUGCACUCGCUCUUUUGCAGGACUUUUGCCUCAACAUGUUGCCCUGCUUCCUCUUUUUCUUCCUCAUUUUCCCCGCAGCUCUUCUGGUGGCUGCACAAAGUGCUGCUGACCUGCAGGGCAUCAACCUGCCAGGUGGAGGCGCUGCUUUCAACCCAGGAGAUCUGUGCAUGGUGGUGUCUCCUCCAUGUUUGAGUGAGGAGGAUCGCUUCAGUCUGGAGGCUCUACUCAGCAUCCAUCAGAUGAUGGACGAUGACAAGGAUGGAGGAAUUGAGGUGGAGGAGAGUGUGGAGUUCAUCAUCGAGGACAUGAAGCAGCAACAGACCCACAAACACAGCCACCUGCACAGAGAAGACCAGCACAUCACCGUGGAGGAGCUGUGGAAAGGCUGGAAGUCAUCUGAAGUCCAUAACUGGACCCAGGACCAGGUUCUCCGCUGGCUCAGGGAGUUUGUGGAGUUGCCGCAGUAUGAGAAGAACUUCAAAGACUUCAAAGUCAAUGGAAACACGCUGCCCAGGAUUGCAGCCAAUGAGCCAUCCUUCCUGAGCAGUCAGCUGAGAGUUCAGGACCAGAGAGACAAACAGAAACUCAACAUCAAAGCUCUGGACGUGGUAUUGUUUGGAGCUCCCACACGUCCCCCUCACAAUUACAUGAAGGACCUGCUGCUCAUGGUGUCUGUGGUGAUGGGCGUCGGGGGCUGCUGGUUCGCCCAGGUCCAGAACAAGUCCAGUAAGGUCCACAUCAGCAAGAUGAUGAAGGACCUGGAGAGUCUGCAGAGGGCCGAGCAAAGUCUCCUGGACAUGCAGGAACAACUGGAGAGAGCCCACGAGGAGAAGCGUAACGUGGCAGAGGAGAAGCAGAACUUGGAGGAGAAGAUGAGGGACGAGAUCAUGGACGCCCAGGAGGAGGCCUACCGCCUGCAGGAGCUGAGGCAAGGAGCCGUCAGCGAGCUGAGUCGUCUGCGAUACGCAGAGGAAGAACUGGUGCAGGUGCGCGGGGCCCUAAAGCAGGCGGAGAAGGACAUGUGGGCCACUUGGAGCGCCUCAGACGCCCUCCAGCAGUGGCUGCAGCUCACCCAUGAAGUGGAGGUCCAGUACUACAAUGUGAAGAAGCACAGUGCCGAACUGCAGCUGGCCACCGCCAAAGAAGAGGCAGAAAGGAUCAAGAAAAAGAGAAGCUCCUUGCUUGGGACUCUGCAUGUGGCCCACAGCUCUUCUUUAGACCAGGUGGACCAGAAGAUCCUGGAGGCAAAGAAUGCCUUGUCAGACGUCACCGCUUGUUUGCGGGAGAGACUUCAUCGCUGGCAGCAGAUUGAACGCGUGUGCGGCUUCCCCGUCAUCAGAAACCCUGGCCUGGCCAACCUGACUGCUCAACUGUACUCGGACUCUUUGCCCCGAGGACCUGCACCGUCCUGCUCAUGGCACAGCUCUGUCCAUGGCUCCAUCGAGGAUCUGUUGGAGGAGUGUCCCGCAUCAAUACUUUCUGCAGUUCCAGGUUCUCCAAUUAAACCUUCUCCUCGAACUCGCACUUCCACUCUACGCCGAACACGUCGUCACGGUAUUACGCAACCACCAACCGCCAUGAUCUCAGACGACCCCGACCUUCUCAUCCCGGUUCGAACUACCUAUCCUUGUUUCGAUGAGGAUGACGUAAUCUUCCGUAAAACUAUCAAGAAACAGUACGUCUUUGCCCCGGAUUGUGUUCUGAUAUUCUUAAGCUUUGAUACCUUCUGUCAUUCUUUCUUCUUCCUUUUACUCCCUAAUAGAGACUCCCAAGAAAGGUUCUCGGAUUCAGAUUAUACCACUUCACCUUCUCUUAGCAAAGCGUUUCCAUGUUCCUCUGCCGAGACCUCCUCUCGCAGGCUCUACCACGUUGAAACUGAGUUGCUUUCAGACACUUUGCCUUUGAGUAAGAAUUUGGAAGAUGAUGUGGAAUCUCCAAGUUGCAAAAUUUCUAUAGAAGAUCGUGAAAGUCUUGAAAGGAAGCAAGCCAAAGAUGUUCUGGACAGUUCUUUGGAGAGUUCUCCGCUGACGAUGUCAAAAGAUGAGUCUAGAAUGGAGGCUACGGCAAGAAAGCCAUCCAGAGAUAAGAAGGACGUUCCAAUGGAUUUUGGCAUUAGAAAGGUCUCAUCCAAUGAGUUUGAUUCAGAAUUUCCUUUAAGGAAAGUAGACCGAGACCAAAGAGAGGAAGUUACAGACAAUCUUUCAAGGAGUCUACCUCGAGAUAGAAGUGAUUUACCACUGGAUGUCAGAAAGAUUCUUUGGGAUGAAGUAGAAGCAUCAGAUUUCAGACACAAAAUGUUAUCGAAAGGUAUGAUGGGGACUUCAAUAGACUCUGUUUCAAGAAGGAUGGUGCAAGAAGGUCCUGAAUUUCCGUUUGACUUGGUGUCCAGAAGGAUUGUAAGAGAUUCAAUGGGAAUCUCCUUGGAUGGAGGAGCUAGGAAGCUUGAUUCCUCUGCACGGGGGAUAGGCAAAGAGAGGAAGGCUGAGGUAAAGCUCUCAAGAAAGAGCUCUCAAGAAGAGUUGGAGAGUUGUGAAGACACUGCUUCUCUGAAGACUCUACCCAGAGAGGCACCAGAACAAGGGAUGGAUUGCACAUCUUCAGCAGAGGUGGUUGUUGAACCAUCGAUAGAUAAGCGGAUAUCUAAAGAGGAACGUAAGGUGCCUCCCAGAAAAAGAACCACACAGACGUCAAGAGAAGACGAGGUAACUUCUGCAGGUAAAAUCUCCAAGGAUAAUGUUGAAUCACCAAUGAAAGCAGCGCGACAAAGAGUAGUGAGGGGCGAGUCAGAGGAAUCCAACUCAGUUCCAGGAGAAACCGAUCAGCCAGAUCUUACAGUGGCCUCCCACAAGCCAAGUAAGUCAUCAGCAAAUAUUUUGGCAGUGGGUCCUUUGAGCCAACUUGUUUACGAUGGAAUCCUGGAGAAGUCGUACAAGUCCAUGCCAGCAGCCCCAGAGAUCCUUUCCACCUCCACUCCUAACCUUCCCCAGUGCUCCCCCCAACAUCUGGCAGAGUCUGAGCCACCACUGGCACCUGCCAAGGUGACCUUCCAGAUGUCAGCAGCCACCCCGUCUGAAGCUAAUGAUGACAGAAACAGAGAUAAGGAGAAAAGCAGGAAAUCCUUGAAGCUGAAAAAUCUUUUUAAAAAGAAGAACGAAGCGAUUCCAGAGAAGAUUCAAAGUGGUCUCCAGAAACUCUAAGACUUGUCUUUGUUUUUCAUGGAACACUUUAUUGGAGCUUCAAAUGAUGAAGGUUGACAUCUAGUGAAGGUUUAUGAUGGAGAAAUACUGUUGAAUCCCUUCAUCAUUAUUGUGUUGUAGUAGUGGUCAUACUCACUAGGUACCAAGAGGUAGCAGUGGUCAUACUGACUAGGUACCAAGAGGUAGUAGUGGUCAUACUUACUAGGUACCAAAUCAUACUCACUAGGUACCAAGUCAUACUCACUAGGUACCAAAUCAUACUCACUAGGUACCAAGUCAUACUCACUAGGUACCAAUAUGUAGUAGUGUUCAUACUGACUCAGUACCAAGUCAUACUCACUAGGUACCAAGAGGUAGUAGUGGUCAUACUGACUCGGUACCAAGUCAUACUCACUAGGUACCAAGAGGUAGUAGUGGUCAUACUCACUAGGUACCAAGAGGUAGUAGUGGUCAUACUCAGUAGGUACCAAGAGGUAGUAGUGGUCAUACUGACUCGGUACCAAGAGUAAAUACCGUGUGGACACAAAUAUAACCUCAAAAGGAUGAGUCUUCAAAUUUGGAGUGUCGAAGUUUAUUCAUAGAAACCAAACACACAGUCAGAGCUUUUCUUCCUGCCACUCACAUCCGCCAGUGGCCUGUAGAGACCUGCUGGGUCAAAGGUCAUCUCAGGACAUCCUGGCUUUCUUGGGAGAGACUCAUCACAAUGAUUAUUUGUCAUUGAGUCUGUUUAUGUGUUCCACCAAGUAACAUCUUUAGUAACUAGAAGGUGUUGUUACAUGUUCUUGCUCAUCAUCCAACUUAUUACAUAAUGAAGAUAUCAAAUAUGAUUUACUUUAUUUAUAACUUUAUUUGAUUUCAUUUUCAACUUCUUUUAUGUUUUUUUUAAUUGUUUGACAAACGGCCAUGUUAUGAUUUAUUAACUUAAUGUGUAGACUAUUAUACAUACUUAAAUACAUUUGUAUUCAUAUUCAUAUUUGUAUUCAUAUUCAUAUUUGUAUUUGUGUUCAUAUUCAUACGUGCAUCACUUCUACUUUGCUGACUCAGUGGAUUAUUUGGAGUCAAGGGAAUGCCAUUUAGAAUUAUUAGACAAACUGUAUUCAAUGUGAAUAAGUAUUCAUUAAGUACCACCAUAAUGACAACAUUAAAUACAGUAGUGUAGUAGACCUAAGUAGUCAUUAAGUACCACCAUAAUGACAACAUUAAAUACAGUAGUGUAGUAGACCUAAGUAUUCAUUAAGUACCACCAUAAUGACAACAUUAAAUACAGUAGUGUAGUAAGACCUAAGUAUUCAUUAAGUACCACCAUAAUGACAACAUUAAAUACAGUAGUGUAGUAGACCUAAGUAUUCAUUAAGUACCACCAUAAUGACAACAUUAAAUACAGUAGUGUAGUAGACCUAAGUAUUCAUUAAGUACCACCAUAAUGACAACAUUAA